AUGGUGAACGGGACCGCGGCGGUGUUAGAGCCAACAUUUACCGGCUAUGUGGCUACCACUCAAGAUGCGCUCAUCUUAUUCGAGGCUUGUUUGACCGGCGUACUACACCAUGUCCCUCGACGACCUCACGAUCGAGAACGGAGUCAUCUGGUACGAAGUGGGAGUGUCUUCAUCUAUGAGGAGAACUCAUCGGGUAUCAAGAGAUGGACAGAUGGAGUUACUUGGAGUCCUAGUCGCAUUCUAGGCAAUUUCUUGGUCUAUCGCGAGUUGGAUAAACCAUUCCCACCUGGAGAGAAGAAGCGCGCCAUGAAGAAAGCAAAUCGUCGACCAGCACCGCCCACCCGACCUGGAGAGCCUUAUCCUCGACAUGAUAGUAACGGGUCAGGGUAUUCCCCCACAUCACCUUCGGGAGCAUUUGGGGACCGACCACAUCAAUCAGAAGUGGAGCGCGCGUUGGUGGGGUCGCUGGUCGACUCUUAUGGCUUCAAGGAUUCCGGCUUGGUCAAGAAAACAAUGAGUGUGACGGUGUUGGGAAUAACGCAUCACCUGGUCUCUUACUACAGUGUGGACGACGUCAUGCGCGGGGUGUUGAACCCACCUUCUAUGGUCGAAUCUCUACGUUAUAUUCGCCCACGCGCCGAUUUGACGCAGAAACAAAGCUUCCGCGCCCCUAUCGAUGAUCUGGAGUCCAAUGCUAUGGAAAGCGCCCAUGAUCCCUCCCACGCUGCUCUCUACGGUUACCGCCCCCAGAUGAUGGCUCCACCAUCCUACGCGAUGCCUACCCCUUCUGCCGAUUUCUAUAUGCACCCCAGUCACUAUGCGACCACUCACCCCCCGCAGACAGGUCCAAUCGCAGGAUACUCCAUGGGUGGUACCAUGCCCGGUCAACCAGCUCCGAAUCCAUACCUCCCUUCGCCUGCCGUAGCCGCUGCGAUGGCACCUAAGCAAGAGGAUUAUCAUGCAUACCGCGCGGGGCCUUACGGAGGUAGUAUGGACUCCAUGAGCCAUAGUCUAUCUUCAUCCAUCUCCGGUGGUCUCAGCUCUACGAUCCCUAGUUCUCUGAGUGAGCGCAACCGUUCAACUUCGGAUCACAGUCCAUCAGCCUACCGCAACUCCUCUAUUUCAUCUCGCAGCGUCGCAACGGAUGCCACGUCACCUAUGGAUCCUUCAACGCCCGCUACUUAUUCCCGAAGCAGUUUCAGUUUGUCUGGCCAGUUGGAUCACAAUCACCCUAACCACCCACUUGACUCUCGCGGUCUAGGUCCUCUGGAUCCGAGUGUCCCUCGUCGGGAAUCGAACCCCGUUCAUCCCUCUUAUUACGCUCAGGCCGACCGUUCUCAGUACUACGUUGGUGCAGCUGCGCCCGUCAAUCAUCCCCAUUACGCGGCAUGGACCACAACUGCACCUGCUCAGCCCCAAAUUUAA